UCUUUGGGGUUUUGCGUGAGCAAGUUGAUUGCAUUCAAAUGCUGUAACUUCGAACAAAGUUAGACAACUAUAGGACAUUUCUCCAAAGCUGAAAGAUAGAGGAACAGUCAUAAAUACCGUAGAUGGCCUUUGGAGUGAAAAUGCGCCGAAAUCCAACCGAAUCAUUUAAUAUUCCAGAAGAUUGAUUCGACCAUUUCGAUUGACUGUAGUAGAACGUCACUGUUUACGCCGUUCUUCGGCCGCGAUUAGAUCUUUCUUGGAGUGUAUUCGAGGAAAUAUUCGCGCUUAUAGUACGCCUAGAUCAUGGAUAAAUUUGUAAUUGUUGGAGGAUUUUUAUGUUUUGCGGCCGAUGUCUUCGCCAUAGCGUCAUUGGCAACUCCUGAGUGGGUAGUGAUGGAGUUUGCGGGUUCUGUUAGACUGGGGUUGACUGUCAUGUGUCAGAAAUCAGAGGGGCAACCAGAGGUGUGUGUUACCCCUGAUUUACCCCAAGAGUGGCUGGCUACUCUAUUGUUUAUGAUUUUGGGUGUGGUAGCUCUGACACUCACUUGCUUUUUGCUACUGGUGUCUCCCUGGAAACCUUCCAUUGUGGAUGCAGCCAAGUGGAUUGUUUUUCUUGGAAUGAUAGUGUUCUGUCUGGCAGCCCUCACAUUCCCAAUGGGAUUUCAAAUGCCAGAGAUUGGUGGAAAACCAUACAAGUUACCACAAGGAACACACGUUGGACCUUCAUUUUUUCUUUAUAUAUUUUGUAUAGUUUUCACAAUUGCCUCUGAACUUUUUAUAUUCAAAGUUUGUCCACUCUUGCUUAGGUAAUGAAGAAAAAAUAUUACAUUUUGGGUGAGAAAAAUGCCAACAAAUUGCUCAACAAUACACAAUAUUGGAGUAAAAGAGGCCAUACAUUUAAAGAGUUUAAGGGUAACUGCACAUGGCCAUCUGUUGUUAUUCUGCACUUUUGCCUUUAAAAGUAAUUUUUUUAAAAAUAAAUUUACUUUAACAAUUUAGAUAAGACAGGCUUUCUUAAUCCUUUAACUCCCAGAAUCUGAUUGUUAAUUCUUCCCUCUAGCUGCCGCAAUUUUCUUUGUAAAUUAUUUAUAUGAAUUUGAUGUAAGAUCAAGAUGACAAUAUCUACCUGCUAAGCUUGAGUAUUCUCAGUAUCUGUUUGCUGGAUAAUUUAUGGACAUUAUCGAGAGAAGUUACUGGUACAUGUUUAUGACCUCUGGGAGUUAUAGGGUUUACUUAUAAAACUCUUGAGUAGUGCUGAUAAGUUUGAGUAUUCUCAUUACCUGUUUGCUGGAUCGUGUAUGGAUAUUAUAGGGAGAAGUUACAUGUGAAUCACCUCUGGGAGUUAAAGUGUGAAAACUUUUCAGUAGUACUGAAGUAUAAGGCCAUCUCAGGAAAAUGUUGGUGUUGUUUCUGAUGAAUUUUCAAAACAAAAGUUGAACCUUAUAGGGCAACACAGAUAGUCACCCAGUAUGUCUGAACAUGCAAAAAACAUUCUUCAAUUUUAUUUUUAGAGUAUUAUUUAUUUAAUUUUGCCAAAUUCACUGUUGACUUACUUUUACUUAACAGCUGGAAAGUAAUACAGUAGCAACAAGUAAAUGAACCUCAUGCUCUGUUUAGUGAUAGUAAAUGAAACAAAAGUUUCACUAUUACUAGUUCAAGAACAUAUACAUGUACAUUGAACUCAACUAUGAAUGUAAAGUUUUCACAGCUGGUACUGUCUUGAGAGGUCAGCAUACAUAGUUCUAAUUUUAGAUUUUCAGGGAAACUCCUAUUAAGGAAUCAACCAUGGAAACCUUGUUACACUAAACUGAGUUAUAGUAAGAGUGAGAAUGUUUCAGUUUGGUUUGGCAUCAACCAUACUUAUCAACAGCUCAAUGUGUUUGCUGGAUGUAGCCUUGUUUAGACAAAAUGGCUAGUGUGUCCUUUUUAUUACAUCCAUCUUGAAAUCAUUGCAAUUCCUUGCAAUCUGAUUGGCUCUCAUCAGAUUUAUUCACAAAUAGCACCAUUUUUUGCUCUUAAUGACAUCUUUUCCUCAGCCAAUGAGAAAGCUUCACUAAAACUCAAGAACCAAACACAUUUCAAUGCUUUUUCAAGGUACCACUCAAAUUGCAGGAAAAUGAAAUACAACUUUAACAACAUUUUACAAACCAAUUCAGUACUGGAUCAGUAGCAUUUGUAAGGAGUAAAAAGUUCUAUAUUUUAGCCACUGAAUUUUCCUAUUUCAAAUUGGAUGUAAUAAAGAAGUAAUUGAACUUUGUGUUGUGCAAGUUUGGUCUGAAAUCGUACUUGUGAUUUCAAAUCAAACUUGUGCUGCUUGCUCGUUUGAUAUUGAAUUUGCCCUCCACUCAGUUUAAUUACCAUUAUAUACAGGGUGUUUCCUUAAUUUGAGGUUCCCUUUAUACAAGUUUCAUUGUGUUGUACAUGCAUGUGAUCCUAUGAAGGGAAGCUAUUAUUUACAUUGAAAAGUAUUUAUCUUAUGCAUGGGCUUUUGAAUCUAGGUAUUGUAACUUUGUAAAUAGUGUUACUAAUUUUAAUGACAUAGGUUGAUUUGUAACAUUAUUGUGUCACAUGCAAAACAUUUUCUUACUUUUACAACACUUCAGUUCAAACUUCAGAUGAAGUGCAUCUGCAAUGUGAUAUAACCUUGCAGGGAAGGGUUGUUGUCAGUUUAAUUCUUCUACCUAAGAAUUGAAAGUUUUCUGAUAAAGUGAAAUUGUAUUAAUGUCACCCAUGCAGUUAAUGUCACCCAUUAAUGGAAAAAAGUCAGUUUUCCUUUCUAGCCACAUUUAAGCCAACCAAGAGGAUAUUGAAAAUUGGUAGGCGAUUAGGUAUAUCAGCUUGUCCAAGUUAUCUCUGUGUAUAUUUUUUCUUUAUUUAUAGGGAUGCUUUUAACUGCAGAUUUCAAUUAAAUUGUAUUUUUAAUAGAAAGUUGUGUUGCAUUGUAUACCUGGUUAUACUUUCAAUGAAAGGAAAUGAAACACAGGCUAGUAAAAGCAAAUAUGGUAAAAAUAUUAGAACUGGUGGUAAACCAGAAAUCUUGAGAUGAGUUUAAAAUAAAGCUGUCACCAA